CUCCAUCCUUUCCUCCCUCCCUCCUUUCCUCCCUCCCUUCCUCCCUCCCUCCCUUCAGUGCAGCCUUGGUCCCCUGCCCACCAGUUGAUUCCUGCUCAGCUUGAGGAGGCAAGAGAAGAGGAGGAAAAAGGAGGAAAAACAGGUGUUUCCUGGACGGAUCUGCUCUUUGGUGCACCUGAGAAUCCAGCGACUGCAAUGUUUGUGUUGACCUCGGCUCGUGUUGGAGGUGUUGUGGCUCGACGUGCUGCAGCCCUGACCAGCACCACCAGUACCACCAGUACCACCAGCACCACCAGCAGCAGUGUGAGGAGGGAGAGCCAGGACCACAGCAAGGUGUCCGAGGAGAUGGACAUGUCCAGGCCCAUGUACUGGGACAGGGUGGACACGCCCCUGCCAGACAAACCCUACAAAGAUGUUCUGACUGCAGCCGAGAAGAGCCUGAAGCAGAAGGAGAAAGGCCCAUGGACCGAGCUGAGCAAAGAGGAGAAGCUGGCCU